CUGCGGGCCGCUGCCGAUCGAGUAAAAAAAAAACGCCGGGCAUCGGCCGCCUCCUACCCCCAACCCCCUCCACCCUGUCCUCGGACAGGCGGCGUCGGUGCGCCGGCGGUGCCAGCGCGGAGGCGGAACACCCAGACAGCCCGGACCUUCAGCUGUCUGCUUCUGCGUCUGGCUUGCGGGAGCGAUCCCGUCUUCUGUCGACCAGUCGUGGACUCAAACUAGAGCUGGCUUCGCCAUAGACUUCUGGAGGAGGCAACGGGAUUGGGAAUUGGAACAUGGGGAGUUCGGUCGGCUGCUUGGGAGGCGGCUCCAAGUCGAGGCAAGAUCAGAAUGGUCAGGUCGUCGCGGGUUCGUCUCCCCGUUCAGGUCAUGAAUUAUCAAGACCUGGAAAUAAUGUACAUGUAUUCUCCCUAAACGAGUUGAAGACUGCCACACGAAACUUUCACAUGUUGAAUUGCAUUGGCCGUGGGGGGUUCGGAGCAGUGUAUAAGGGAAACCUGAAAAAUGGCACUCCAAUUGCAAUUAAAAAACUUGCAGCUGAGUCAAAACAAGGAAUUAGUGAAUUCUUGACAGAGAUUAAUGUCAUAUCAAAUGUUAGGCACCCAAACCUUAUCAAGCUGAUUGGUUGCUGUGUUGAAGGGAGUAACAGACUAUUGGUGUACGAAUAUGCAGAGAAUAAUAGUUUGGCGAAUGCUUUGCUUGGACCAAAGAACAAAUGUAUCCCAUUGGACUGGCAGAAAAGAGUUGCUAUAUGUAUUGGAACUGCUUCUGGCCUUGCUUUUCUUCAUGAGGAAGCACAACCACGGAUUGUCCACCGUGAUAUCAAGGCUAGCAACAUUUUACUUGAUAAGAAGCUGCUGCCGAAAAUUGGAGAUUUUGGAUUGGCGAAACUCUUUCCUGAUACUGUCACUCACAUUAGCACGCGUGUUGCAGGAACAAUGGGUUAUUUGGCACCAGAGUAUGCCUUGUUGGGACAAUUGACCAAGAAAGCAGACAUAUAUAGUUUUGGGGUGCUUCUUCUUGAAAUGAUAAGUGGUGAAAGCAGCAGCAAGUCGACUUGGGGACCUAAUAUGCAUGUUCUCGUGGAAUGGACAUGGAAGCUGCGGGAAGAAGGAAGGCUCUUGGAAAUUGUUGAUCCAGAACUGGAAAAGUACCCAGAGGAGCAAAUGCUUCGUUUCAUUAAAGUGGCACUGCUGUGUACGCAAGCCACGUCCCAGCAGAGGCCGUCCAUGAAGCAGGUCGUUAAUAUGCUAUCUAACCAAACAGAAAUUGAUCUGCAAAAUGUAGCUCCACCAGGUGUGCUGAAAGAACCUCGGCAGCGUACCGGUGGCUUUGGGGGUUUGAUAGCAGACACGUCCUCAAGCCAAAGCACUAAAGGCAACCCAGCUGAAUCAUACAGCACACAGACCAACAUGAACAGCUCUCAGUUUAGCACAACUGAUGUAUCACCACGGUGACGUUGUCGACUAUUGUUUGACGUCUUCAGAGGUGUCUCGCGCCUCCCACAAGGUUUAUUGUGCUGAGCCCGGACAAAAUCGCUUGAUAUGGAAGGCCUGAUCCAUUUUCAUCCUGUUUUAGAGCUACGUAGGAUGCGAAGGCCGCUGUGAAUUGCUGAUGUACAGGAAUUGUAGCUCAUCUGUUUUUCUUUUCUGCGGAGGAUGAUUUGCAGUUAAAUUUGACAUUUUUUUUAUGUUCUCCAUUAAAGCCUGUUGUAGGUAUACAUUGCAAGAGUACAAGACAUGUAUUCGAAAUUUCAAAAAUUCAUG